UAACAUUUUCGGAGCACGUCUCAGUGACUUACAGCCGCGAACUGUGUACUAGUUUUUGCCAUAACGUUGUACCCCAAGGUUUAGUCAACAAAGGAUUCAAAUUUCGGACAGUCACACUGCCAACCUUUGACCUGACGUCAUCAGGAUGUCCAUGAAGAUUCUAGUUGUGCUUUUGGUCACAUCGGCGACAGGAACAUCUGUUGCACGACCACCGGAAUGGGUUGACCGAGAAGGCGACCAGGAUGUGGUUACUAUCAGCGAGAUUACUAUCGGGUUAGGGAACACGGUGAAACUGCGCUGCCCCGCCACAGGCGAGCCCCGUCCGUCCAUCACAUGGCUGAAGGCCGGGCAGGAAAUCACGGUGCCCGACAGAUAUGGACGCUACAAGAUCCGAGACAGGUCCUGGACCCUCGUGAUCUCCACCAUCUCGCCGUCAGAGGCCGGUCUUUACACCUGUGUCGUCAAGAAUGAACACGGCAGUAUCAGUCACACCUACAGGGUGACUGUAACAGGAGUAAGUGAAGUAUUGUUCCUGGCGAGGAGAACCGACCUGCGGGUGAUACACCUGGACAAACCCGCCGACCCUCAUGUCUUUCUACCGGUACCUAUCAGUCUCCAAAGCAUCGCUGCCAUCGACUAUGACGUUGUAGACGGGGUAUUAUACUGGUCAGACGUCGAGAGGAAAGCCAUCAGCCGCGUAAAGUUGAUUGGCUCAGUUAUUGGUGGUGAUGUUGAAGAUUUGAUCACCACACAAGUAGAAAGCCCGGUCGGCAUCGCAGUAGACUGGGUAGGAAGGAACCUUUACUGGGUUGACGACGAGACCAAGAGAAUAGAAGUCAUCAGCCUGGAUGGGACAUCACGAAAAGUCCUUAUCAAUGAGAACCUCGACCAACCACGAGCCAUUGUGGUAGAUCCUUCAGAAGGAUACAUGUACUGGACGGACUGGGGCGCUGAACCGAAAAUCGAGAGAGCGGGGCUGGACGGCAGCAGUCGCCGUGUUCUGGUCCAGACAUCUGUGUACUGGCCUAAUGGGCUGGCCAUCGACUACACGGCCAGGAAAAUAUACUGGGGCGAUGCGAGAUUUCACAAAAUCGAGUACGCCAACUUGGACGGGACAGAUCGCAGAGUUCUGUUGGAUAAAAACAUAGAACACAUCUUUGACUUGACUUUGCUGGAUGAUUACGUUUACUGGACGGACUGGGAGAGCAGCAGCGUAGGGCGCGUACACAAGACCACGGGAGAAGACCGACUGGUUAUUGCGGACGGCCUUCUUGACCCCAUGGGUCUGAAGGCAGUGAAUAUGCAGGAAACGGAAGAACAGACAAGCCCCUGCCAUCCCAACAAUGGCGGCUGUUCCCAUCUCUGUCUGCUGUCGCCAGAUCCCCCUCACUACAGGUGUGCCUGUCCCACGGGGGUCAGGUUACAGGGGGAUGGACGGACAUGUGCUGACGGACCGACCGAAAUGUUACUGGUGGCCAGACAGAAAGACCUGCGGAUGAUAUCCCUGGACACGCCCGGCUACACAGACCAAGUUUUACAGAUCGAUGACAUCAGACACGCCAUCGCUAUCGACUAUGACGUGGUGGACGGGCUUCUGUACUGGACAGACGACAAGAACAAAGCCAUCAGACGGGCCAAAUUAGAUGGAACAGGUAAAGAAUAUCUCGUUAAAACUGAGAUAAAAAAUCCAGAUGGGAUUGCAGUAGACUGGGUCGCCAGGAACCUAUACUGGACUGACACGGGCACCAAAAGAAUAGAAGUUACCAGACUGAAUGGAACGUCGCGGAAAGUCCUGAUAGACCAGAACCUCGGAGAACCACGAGCCAUUGUUCUGGACCCUUCAGAAGGAUACAUGUACUGGACAGACUGGGGCGAAGAACCUAAAAUCGAGAGGGCGGGGCUGGACGGCAGCAGUCGCCGUGUUCUGGUCCAGACAUCUCUGGGCUGGCCUAACGGGCUGGCCAUCGACUACACGGCCAGGAAGAUAUACUGGGCCGAUGCGAAAACCAACAAAAUCGAGUACGCCAACUUGGACGGGACAGACCGCAGAGUUCUGUUGGAUAAAAACCUACCGCACAUCUUUGGCUUCAGCCUGUUGGGUGAUUACGUCUACUGGACGGACUGGCAGAGACGCAGCAUAGAGCGCGUACACAAGACCACAGGAAAGGACCGACAGGUUAUAUUGGAUCAGCUUCCCGAUCUCAUGGGACUGAAGGCAGUGAACGUGCAGAGAACGGAAGGCUGGAACCCGUGUGUUGAUGAGAACGGCGGCUGUGAACACCUGUGUCUGUACGGGCCCGGCGGCGUGUCCUGCGGCUGUCCCACCGGCAUGGACCUGCGCGCAGACGGGCGAACCUGUGCUGGUACCGAGCGACCACCCGAGCCGACCGGCAGCGAGAGAACGACCAGUCAGACCGGGCUGUGGACCCAACAGACGGAGAAAACCACUGUUAGCACUACUGUUGUUAAAGAUCCCCGAACCUGUGCCCCUGACCAGUUCACGUGUAGAACUGGUCAUGUGGACUGUAUUCCCCUGAAAUGGAAAUGUGAUGGUCUUUCGGAGUGCGAUGAUGGCAGCGACGAGGAAGACUGUCUUCCUUUUGGCGCUCCAGCGUGGCAGAACCCGCGACACGACUCCCGCAUCUCGGCUUUUGUCGGGGAGCCGGUCCGACUGCGCUGCCCUGUCACAGGCAACCCCCGUCCGACCAUCACAUGGCUGAAGAACUUCCAAGAGAUUCAAGAAGCUGACAGAACACAAGGCUUAAGGAUCAUUGACAAGCGCUGGACCCUUGUAAUCGACGCCGCCACAUCAGCAGAUGAAGGCUCGUACACCUGUAGGGUCGUGAACAGUUACGGCAGCCUCGCUCGCUCCUUCGACUUGUUUGUCAAAGAACGACUAGACACUCGGCCCAUAUUGGACUCCGGGAUGCCGGAGAAUGUGACAGCGGCGGUGGGGAGUACUGUGGAGUUUCGGUGUAAGGUGCUCAGUACAGGCGCCGCCGCGUCACACAUGCGGUGGCUCAAACAUAACCUAGUGAACGGUGCCUACGUCAGUGAACCACGCACCACGGAGUUAAAGACAUCGGAGACCACCACAUUGGAAGACAUGGAGAAGCUUGUGCUGAGGGACAUUACAGAGGAGGAUGCGGGACAGUACACCUGCAUGGCGGCGAGCGCGGCUGGCUUUUCCUAUCAACACACAUGGCUCACGGUCACACCUAAACCAGAUCCAUGUGAACCAAUCACCAUACCGCUGUGUAAAGAUAAUUUGGACUACAACACCACUGUCUUCCCAAAUAAUCUUGGUCAUGUCAGACAACAAGCCGCUGGACUUGAGGUUCACCAGUUCUUUCCACUGAUAAAAGUCCAGUGUUCCCCAUACCUCAAGAAGUUCCUGUGCGCCAUGUACGCGCCACCUUGCGACUCGAGAUGGAACUUCAAACCCCCGCGCCCUUGCAGGAGCCUGUGCCGAGAGGCUAGGUCUGGCUGCGAGGCUUUGAUGAACAAAUUUGGAUUCCAAUGGCCGACGUCGCUGGAGUGCGACUCACUUCCGACAGAAGACGAGGAGGUCUGCUUUGGAUCCACCACUCCUCCUACCCCUACCCCUACCCCUGCCCCUACCCCCACUCCUGCUACCGACCGGCCGCGGCCUACUCCUUUUGAUCCUCCUUCUUCACAUCCGUCUCCAUCCUUUGUUCUUGUAAACCUCCUGGAGAUCGAGGAGUACUACAAGACGGACCGACCAGACGUGGGACAAACCUCCGUCAGGAUAGGACUAACACCCCGGGCAACCUUGAGACCUAACGAAGAAAAUGCGAGUCUUUUUACCCUUCAUACCUGGAUCCGUAUGGAAUGGACUGAUCAGAGGCUGAAAUUUGAGAAAUGGGGACACAAGAGGCUGGACGUAGCGGUGAAGAGGCUGUGGACGCCUGACAUCUACCUGAUAUCAGGUGUUAAGGCAGAGGAGAUGCCGUUGCCCCUGACAACAGAAGCGUCCAUCUUUAGUGACGGAACCGUGCGGUAUGUCGUCCCCUGGACCUUCACUGUGCCCUGUAGGAAACGGUCAGACUCGGACUGGGACUGUCAGGUGGUGUUCCAGUCGUGGAACAAGCCGGCCGAUGAGAUCGCACUGUCUUCUUUGGACCAGCGGCCUUUCGAAGCGGAGGAAUACAACGGCGACUUGGAGUGGAACGUCCAGUCCAUGACAACCGAGAGCCUGAUCACCACCAUGCGCGGAGUGAACAAGUCCAGACUGGUCUUCACACUUCUUGUGGCUUAGAAUGUUUUAUUUGUCAGUGUAAAACCGGCGUCUGACCGGAUUAAGAUCUGUGUCUAAGCAGAGUUGUUUUAACUAUUCAUUGUGAGAGAGAUGCUAUUAUUAUAUGCCUCCACAUUUAAAAAUGUAAUCUAGAGCCAACGCUAUAGUAAACCAAAUACAUGUACUGCACUCUAUAACUUUCAGUCAAGUGCAGUAUCCAAAAGCUGAUCAUGUACAUAUCCAGAUACAUUAGAAACAGUACGCUUGUAAUGUUAUUCCAGAUCUUACAAAAAUAAACAAAACAGAAACUAAACAUAGCUAGUCUUGAUAAGAAAACGAAGCUGUCUAAAAGUGGAGGCUGACUAAGCUUGGACAAACGCUACAAACCUAACUGGCAGCACCGUGUGAUGGUAAUUUGUCACCGCCAUGACACAGAAGCUCUCUUUGCGUAUCGUUGCGGUGACGAUGACGUCAUGAGGAGCCCAAGAGAUCCAAGUCUGACGUCAUUUCAAGAUUAAACUGUCUGUUUAUAGUUACAGCAACUACAAAUUGGCUAGAGGGACUAUCCGGCCGGGGCAGUAUUGGGAACUAUUUUCUGCUGCGUUUUCACAUUGGUGACGUUCCACGUUAACAGUGUGGAAUCCAAAAUAUUCCUCCGCCGACUUGUUAUUUACUUUUCUAAUGUUCACAGCCAUUCUUUCAACGGCCAAAACAUAAAUAAUAGUAUGCGAAAAUUUUACUUAUUUUACUUGUUGUUGUUAAGUAUCAGGACUUCGUUAUGAAUUUUUUUAGGAGGGACCUAUAAGGCCAGAGUUUUUAUUUGUCUAUUCCUGGCCUUUUCUGAGACCAUGUCGUCUACGUCAUAACUGACAUGUUCACCCUUGUCCUCUGUGUUUCUAGUAUGUCUUACAGCCAUUUUAAAACUAUACGUACAGAGAAAAAAAUUCGAACUGACAUUCAUAGUAAUGAUAGUAGGCGUUUGUACCUACAUUAAUAUCUAUUUCACAUCCAUAUCUUUCAUGUUAAUCGCACUAGUAUAAUUAUUAACACUACCAGGUAGUCAGGUUUUGGGUAACACAUGAACUACAUAUCUCAGCAAAGCUGUUUCAAAAUAACAAUGAAUGGCAGUGAUGAAGUCUUAAUUUUCAAAGUCUUAAUUAAAAGGGGCUCUAAUAUUAAUAUGUGACUGAAUGAAAUGUUUUUGAAACAUUGUACAUUCACUACUUUAUGAAAAACUUAAACUGUUCUCCAACUCAAAAUUUGACUCACUUCAUAAUGUAAUUUACCAACUCAGAUGAACUUUCAUGCUGAUUCACUACUUUGUUUGUGCUUUUAUAUGAAUUAGUGUUGAAAUCUUUCAACAGUUGCAUCUAUCUUAAUUUUCGUCGAAUAAUUGUUAUUAUGACUACAAC